AUGGAUGUCGAUAUGGUUGCCAUGUUCCCCAAUGGCAUCCGGGCCUUGAUGAUUGACGACGACACCAAGUUUCUGAAAUCGGCUACCACGCUGCUUUCUAUCCUGAAUUUCGACGUGGUGAGAUGCAGCAGCGUCGCCUAUGCCCUCAAGUCCUUCACAAGUGGCGACCUCGAAGGCUUCGACGUCAUCCUCGUUCACGCCGCGAAUGCCGCCGCCUGCGGCUUCGACUUCCGUGCCAUCGUCGAGACCGACCUGCUCAUCCCCGUCAUCUACUUCCUCGAGGAGGAUUACGAGGCCACCGGCGACGAGGCGGAUGAGCUACUUCGCACGCUGCAGGCGGCCGGGAGCUACAUCAUCAAGAAGCCGCUGGACAUCGACGAGGUGCGCACCCGCCUGUGGACGGUCAUCGCGUUUCGCAAGUGCGACCUGGAGACCAAGGCGAGCAGGGGCGGCGUGGCAGGCUUGGGCGUCGGAGGGAAGGACGAAGACCGCGUCCACUUCAAGGUUGUGAUGAAGGGAAGAGGCCGGAAGAGGAAGGGCAGCAGCAGCAGCAGCAAACACGGCGGCUCCUCCGGCACAGCGGCCGCCGCAGGAGGUCACCCAUCGGCCAAGGGGAAGGAAAAGGAGAACGUGGGUAGCCAGCAGCAGUGGUACAUUUUAUUUUGGAAUGAGUAUGAUUUUGAGACAGUUACUGCAAAAUCUCUGGAAUGUAGCAGCAGUAACUUGUUUCAUCUUGGCCUCCGCGUAGAGUACGUGUAG